CCUGUGUUUGCUUUAGAUACAAACAGCACCAGGAUUUAUUACUGUGUGGUCCCAAAGGUUUCCCGUCGGCGGUUCAUUUAUUGUUGCAUUUUCGCGGUAAGCACACAGUUUAAUUCUGUCUGGAGAUGUUCUACACGUGUGGUCCCAAUGAGGCCAUGGUUGUCUCAGGCUGUGGCCGCUCCCCACCUGUUAUGAUUGCUGGUGGAAGAAUCUUUGUAGUUCCUUGCAUUCAGCAGAUUCAGAGAAUAUCUCUGAAUACUCUGACUCUCAAUGUGAAGAGUGAUAAAGUCUACACCAGGCAUGGCGUACCCAUCUCGGUGACUGGCAUUGCACAGAUGAAGAUCCAGGGCCAGAAUAAGGAGAUGUUGGCUGCAGCCUGUCAGAUGUUCUUAGGCAAAACUGAGAAUGAGAUUUCUCAGAUUGCUCUGGAGACACUGGAGGGCCAUCAGAGAGCCAUCAUUGCUCAUUUGACUGUUGAGGAGAUCUAUCAGGAUCGUAAGAAGUUUUCAGAGCAGGUGUUUAAGGUGGCUUCUUCUGACUUGGUCAAUAUGGGCAUUGGUGUAGUCAGCUACACUCUUAAAGAUGUUCACGAUAACCAGGACUACCUUAACUCCCUGGGUAAAGCUCGUACAGCUCAAGUGCAGAGAGACGCUCGCAUUGGAGAGGCACAGUACAAGAGAGACGCAGUCAUCCGGGAAGCCCAUGCCACGCAGGAAAAGGUGUCGGCACAAUACAAGAAUGAGAUUGAGAUGGCGAAAGCCCAGAGAGACUACGAGUUGAAGAAGGCUGCCUAUGACAUGGAAGUCAACAGUAAGAAAGCAGAGUCCGAAAUGGCCUAUCAGCUUCAGGUGGCUAAGACGAAGCAGCGGAUUGAGGAGGAAAAGAUGCAAGUUCAGGUGGUGGAGCGCACACAGCAGAUCACUCUGCAAGAGCAGGAGAUCACCCGCCGAGAAAAGGAGCUGGAGGCCAAGGUCAAGAAACCAGCUGAAGCUGAGAAAUACAAGCUGGAGAAACUUGCAGAGGCUGAAAGGCUGCAGUUGAUCAUGGAGGCAGAAGCUGAGGCUGAAUCCAUUAGGAUGAAGGGCGAGGCAGAGGCUUUCGCUCUGGAGGCCAAGGGCCGCGCUGAGGCUGAGCAGAUGGCCAAGAAGGCUGAGGCUUUCAAACAGUACAAGGAGGGAGCCAUGGUGGAUAUGCUGCUGGAGAAACUGCCACUGAUAGCGGAGGAGAUCAGCAAGCCGCUCGCAGCAGCUCAGAAGGUCACCAUGGUGUCCAGCGGAGGUUCUGAGGUGGGAGCCGCCAAACUGACCGGAGAGGUUCUGGAUAUUAUGACCCGUCUGCCCAUGACCGUGGAGAAACUGACUGGAGUCAGCAUCUCUCAGGCAACCUCUACUCGCAUGGGCUAAACAAGAACCCCAACAUCGUGGAUGCUGCCCUCACCUGACCAACAUCUCAAUGUGUAACUGCAUGACUGUUUAUUUCCUGGAGCCUUAUGUUAGUGGUAGAAUUUGUGGGGGUUUGCUAAACCUCCAUUUUUAACAAGCCUUUUACAUCGUUCAGCACGAGACAUUUUAAUUUUGUAUGAAAAUUUGUUGUUACUUGUUUUUGAAUAGUCUAUAUCUAUAAAAUAAGCAUGUAGCUGCUACAAGGUCUGUUAUUGGAAACCUUAAGUGCAUUUUGGGCAACAAACAAGUGAUGCGCACAUAGUUACUGUUAUUACUUUCUGUGCAAACUACUCUUUGCUUUACAAAGGUCAAUACUUGUUUAACUGGUUUAAUAGGACAAAAAAAAAAAAAGCUUUUAUUCUCCGACCAUCCAGAGCAAGAGGAUCUUAGUCUUAUUGAAUCAAUGAGUUAAAGCUUGUAAGCGAUUUUCAACUUUAGGUGGAACAUGGGAUCAACAAACCCCCUCUAGCCCAAGUAACAGCCUGGCUGGGGGGUUUCGCACAUCGCUUUCUAUAAUGUGAAAACGUUGAAGGAAGUUCAUGCGUUAAACAAGUAUUCUGAUGUGUAAAGUCUGACGUGUGAAUGAAGUCCUGAAACCAAUGUGAUUGCUCAUCCUCCCUAGUAAUAGCUGUUAUACUGUUAAAACAAAUCUUCUGCAUGCUGUACUAUUCUAUCUUUAUUAAAUCAUUUAGAAACCAAACCGAAGCAACUACAAAGAACUUUGGAAAGCCGAAAUUUGAUUUUGCAGACUGAGUGAAGGAAAUGCGUGUGUGGAAGGAGUUGUGAGGGGUACAGAGAGGAAGGGGUUGAAGGUUGCCACAUCUAAGUGAAGUUUGUUAAAUGUAGGUCAAGCAUCAACACUGUGGUUGACAGUUUCUCUGUAGAUGAACAGCAGAGGUGGGAGAGUUACUAAAAAUGUACUCGAUUAAAUCCUGUUGCUCUCAAGAAGUAACAAAGAAAGUAAAAAUGACUUAAUUUCUAAUUCAGAAAUAAUUUUGUAGUGAUCUCUUGAAUUAAAUAUUUGUAGGAAUGUAUUUAAUUAAUUACAACAACAGAGUGGCAUUGAUGUAAGGUACCCAUAUGACUGAACCUACAAUAGUGCCAAACGCUCCUCCUGGUGGAGACAGUUACAUUUUUUAUACUGCAUCAUAUUUUUGUUCAUUUAUUAGUCUUCAUUGGGCAUUUUUAAUAGCCAUUACUUUCAAAACCUACAAAAGGGACUAAAAUCUUGGGUUUCAUCAAGGGCCACAGCCUGAGUAAACAUGUGCUAAUUAAGUACCAGUAGAUGUUCUCAGUAAAAUGAACAUUCUAAAUUUGAUUUGUUAAAAUUAUGCUAUGGGUAAAACACGCUAGCACACCAGAGCUGAGAUUUCAAACACAUCGUUUUGAGUCUCAGCUCUGCCAUCUGAUGGGCUGGGUGGCACAUGAACAUUGAUUGGCUGUUGUUCAUACAGGGUGGGGAGCAGGACCAGGGCUCCUCAUAACUGAUGCAAUUACGACCUCUGCUGGCUGAUUGAGGUGCCUGCACAGAGUCGAGGAAUAAUGCAUUGACCAGGGUGUGGCUCUCCGUACACAAAGCUGAUCCGCAUAUGAACUCGCCUCAUGCAGGUGAAAAGAUGCAGUCGGUACUGCACACGUGUCGGAGGGGGUGUGUGUCGGUUGCGGCGCUCCUCAGCCACCGGUGGAGGGUAGUAUUGGUAGAGGGGAAGCGUUAAGCAAUCAGGGUAAUUGGAUACGACUAGAUUGGGGGGGGAAAUUGCAAAAACAAAAUUACACUGUUUAUUACCUCGACUCAAAAUAAUUCACCACCUCUGUAUGUUUGACACUGCCAUGAAUGCUUAAACAGAUUUUAUAGUCAGCGUAAAUUAACCGAAUGUGUUUGUUGAUCUAAAAUAAUACAUUUAUAUUUAGAAGUAGACAAGUAGUUACUAUAUACCUGUUAGUUAGAGAACCUAGUUUCAUGUAUAUGUGAAUUUCUAGUUAAUUGUGGGGCUUUGUAUUUUUUUUCCUUUGUUAAAAGUCAGAAAUCCAAAUGCAGCUCUAAUCUCAGCCUUAUGUUAUCACUAAGUGCCUGAAUGCACAUUUCUCAGUUUUGGACCAGUUACUAGUUUUAAGCCUGGUUGGGACAUCUGCUUUACAGAACUUUGGGUGAAAUGUUUUCUUUUGAUGAUGAUGAUGAAGAUAAAUCAUGCAAUCACUUGGCAGUGAACUGUUUAGGUCAUGUUGGACCAGACAGAAUCUUUAGUGAGAUUAUAUUCAGGGGGGAUCUUUGUAAAAUGGGCUGUGAUGGCUAUGAAUUGCACCUAAAACAGGCUAAACACUUUGUUAAAACCUUUGUGAAACUUGUCCCUGUUGAAUGCCAUAGGAGUUUUAGCCAUAAUUGUUAGUAAGCAACUUUUACAAUCAAUUAGUAAACAAUCUUAAAACCGAAUGUUUUAAAAUACUUACCAUCGGGGGCCCAGAUGGCACAGCAGGAUAUUCCUCUUGCACACCAGCACCAAGUUUCUGAACUCCUCGGUUCGAAACUCGGUGUUGCCUCCGGUCGGCUGGGCGCCAUCUAGCGGGCAUAAUUGGCAGUGCCUGCAGCAGAUACUAAUUGGCCACCGUAUCUGCAGGGUGGGGGCCGGACUAUGUGUGGGUGGAUGGGUCAUACGCCGUGUAAGGACCCUGAUUGGCGGAAGAGAUGCAUGUGCAGAAUGCAGGGGCGAGAAGAGGAGGGCUGUGCACGUGUCGGAAGAGGCGUGUACAGCGACAUUCUCUCCUCGGAUGCAAUCUGGUAUCUCUCAGCAGCAGAAGACAAAAUUGAGUGCUCUAAAUCGGGAGGAAAAUGGGGAGAAAAUGCAUAAAAAAAUAAUAAAACCGUACCAUCGUAUUCACUUCUCUUUGGGGUGUUUUAAUACUUCUUGCAUUGUUUCCUCAUGAGUAUCAGUACAACUUGUGUUCAUAUUUUUUGACCAUAGCUGCCAAGUCCAUUAGCUUAUAUUUCUUUCAAUACUAAGCUACAGAUUUGUUUUACUGCAUUUCACCAGUUCUCCACACUCGUGAGACACGACUUUACACUGAACCAAUCAUUUUUACUCUCAAGCUGCAUCACUUUACAUGCAUGAUUUUAACAGGUGAGCGUUGUUUGCAAGGCACACCAGUAAUUCCUGGCUUUGUCCCGAAUGCCAUCCAGUGCACUGCAUAGUGUAUUACCUAUUAAUAGUAGGUAAUUAAUUUGAGUUCUUGUUGUGGAUUGGAAUGCAGCCUGUUUUAAUCAUUACCUCUGCUUCAAGUGCUGCUUUUCUGUAAAGACAGACUGGCUUAAAGGUGGUUGGGAACGACGUCUCACUAAGAUAGAGCAAACUAAAUCAGCCAAAGUUUUCUACACGAUUUUCACCUCAGGCCUUUGUUCUUGUUAGAGAUGAGCCUGGCUCUGCAUGCCGUCUAAGGUCAAUCAAAUGUUCGUCAUGUCUGUUUUUUGAUGUACUAACUUGUACCCUUUUAUAUAUCUAAUCUAAUCCAGGACAAAUGAAUAUAUCCAAUUGUAACCUCAUGUUAUUAUGAAAAUAAAGAACACUCAAUAAUUGA